GUGUGUUCAYGAUGUACCAGCYUUCAUGGUUGAUACAGAAGUAUGGCUUCCUUUGUCUUAUCACAACWAUGAUUUAAUGAAAAAAGGACUUGUUCUUGAUGCUGGUCAUGUCACAACAAUUGGCAGGUAUGGCUGGUACAUACCAACACAAUUUGUUCAAAGCCAAUGGACCCAAAACAGCGUUAUUGCUGAUCACUGGAGAUCCCUUUCAAAGCAAAAUACACUCUCACAAUUAGAAUUAAACAAAACAGAUUUGCUACAAACACAAAAUAUCAGCGAAAUAAUCCAAUAUUGUGGUGGGAAGACAUCAUGCUUAAGCAGGAUUUCAUCCAAUAUUGGGUGCAACAAGACAUCAUGUGUAAUGAUGCUAGCUGACGUACCAGAACCAUUUGAUUCCUACACAUACCACCAAUUACAUGCAUUAAAUGUUAACAUAUCACUAGUCUGGCUGGGCACCAAACUGCAGACCUGUCUGCUACAGCAAUCUUAG